AUGUCUCUUGGCGGACUCAAUUCCAAAAUCUUUCCAUGGGGUGGCAGAUGCUUUGAGAAGGGUCCCACUGCCGUUGACGACUGCGUCGAUCGGCUCGCUCCAAAGGGGUGCAAAGUAACAUUUCUUCGGUCGGAGAAGGAGGCCAGCAAGGACAGCAGCAGCCUCAAAGGGAGGGAGGGGCGAGGGAGGGAGACGUAUGUUGCCAAGCGCCGCUCCUACAUCAUCAGCGAGGAGGAGGAUGGGGAAGAGGAGCCGGGAGGGCGGAGUGGGGGAGGCAGGAAGAGGAAGAAGAGGAGAUGCAAAUAUCAUGGCUGA